AUGAGACAACAUUGGACAAUAUGGGACACUCUGGGACAAUAUGGCACACUCUUGGACAACAUGGGACACUCUGGGACAACACGGGACACUCUGGGACAACAUGGGACAACAUGGGACACUCUAGGACAUUCUGGGACCACAUGGGGCAACAUGGGACAACAUGGGACAAUAUGGGACACUCUGGGACGAUAUGGAACACUCUGGGACAACAUGGGACACUCUGGGACAACAUGGGACAACAUGGGACACUCUGGGACACUCUGUGACAACAUUGGACAACAUGGGACAACAUGGGACAACAUGGGACACUCUGGGGCAACAUGGGACAACAUGGGACAACAUGGGACAACAUGGGACAACAUGGGACACUCUGGGACACUCUGGGACAACAUGGGACAACAUGGGACAACAUGGGACACUUUGGGACAAUAUAGGACACUCUGGGACAAUAUGGGACACUCUGGGACAACAUGGGACAACAUGGGACACUCUGGGACAACAUGGAACAACAUGGGACACUCUGGGACACUCUGGGACACUCUGGGACAACAUGGGACAACACGGGACACUCUGGAACAACAUGGGACACUCUGGAACAACAUGGGACACUCUGGGACAACAUGGGACAACAUGGGACACUCUGGGACAACAUGGAACAACAUGGGACACUCUGGGACACUCUGGGACACUCUGGGACAACAUGGGACAACACGGGACACUCUGGAACAACAUGGGACACUCUGGAACAACAUGGGACACUCUGGGACAACAUGGGACAACAUGGGACACUCUGACUACUUGUACCUAAAUUUCUGGAACAAAAGAGCGGCAAUGUGA